AUGGUGAACUGCAGUGAAGGUCUUGAGAUGGAUGACACCAUAAUCCUUUUUGAAUUCAUUCUUUACAGCCUAGUCACAGUUUUUGGAGGCCUGUUCAACACACUUGCCUUGUGGGUGUUCUUCUUCAGACUGGGCAAAUGGACUGAGUCCAGAGUUUACAUGAUCUGCUUAGCCAUGGCAGACUACACCGUGGUCUUUACCUUACCAUUCAUAGUGUACUUUCAUUAUCACCACUGGAUUACAGAUGCCUUUUGUUUAGUCAUAUUUACAAUCUAUUGCCUCAACAUGCCAAUGAGCAUGUGUACUAUCACCAUCAUAGCCCUGGACCGGUACAUUGCAAUCAAGCAUCCUCUGAAAGCCAAAGUGCUAAGAUCUCCACGGAAGGCAGCCAUUGUCUGUGUGUUUCUUUGGCUCUGCUGUUUUCUUUCUGCAAUCAGACAUGUAUUUAUACAUUCAGAAGAAGAAAAAGAAAAGUAUUGUUUUUCCCCAGCUUCUAUAAGUUUGCAUGAUGUCUUGAUCCAAAAUCUCAUUCUUUUUUUCAUACCCCUGUUAAUGGUGACAUUCUGCUCCACACAAGUCAUCAGAUGCCUCAAGAGGAAGGAGAAUGCUGGUCCACAGGAAGAAAAGUCAACUCAGAAAGCAAUCCAUGUGGUCUCAGUCAACAUGGGCACAUUCAUCAUGUGUUUUGUGCCUUUCAAUGUCAUCCUGCUGGCUGGAUAUGCAGUGCAAACAGCUGGAGCUGAAUGCUGGGUAUUCGAAGCCAUUGGCAAGGCCGUACAUAUAUCUGCAAGCAUAGCAAAUCUAAAUUGCUGCUUGGAUGCCAUUUGCUAUUACUUAGUUGCCAAGGAAUUCCAGGAAGCUGCAUCUCUCUUACCUCCUUUUCAGUUGAUGCAACCUAGAUCCACCUUAACACAAGAUUCACAUCUUCAAUCUAGGUCCAACUUAACUCGAGAUGCACUGCUUCAAAGCACAGCAUAAUUCCAGAAGUUUAAAUUGUGCACAUUCUCAUCUUCAGAGCACCAUGUCCAAUCAAACCCCAUCAAAUGAAGCCCAACAGAAAGAUCAUAACCAACCCCUGCUAACAGAGCAAAGAGGCACCUUUGUGGUGAUUCUCUUUAUUUAGCACAGCAUCCCUCCAAUGGCUGCUGCUGAUGUCUAUCUUCUAUUUCUUUUUUAGAUUGUGAAUCCUUUGGGGACAGGGAGACAUUUUAUUUAUUUACUUAUAUCCAUAUAAACCACGUUGGGAACUUUUGUGGAAAAGCAGUAUGGAAAUAUUGGUCUUAUUCAUAUUUGUGUUCCUGUUAUUAAUUAAAAGGGUAACUUUA